AUGCCAGAAGUCCGCAAGAGCCUCUUUAGCGCAAGCUACACUGCAGAUAAGUUAGAGAAGUUCGAGGUCAAUUCAACGAUAGCAGAAGAGGAUAAGACCUACAUGGCUGCCAGAACAGAGAUCAGCGCAUUGGCUACAUUAAGCACGCUUCCCGACUACGUCCUAGUAGAAGCGGAGGAAGGCUAUGUAGUUGAAUGCUACAGUCUCAAAGCUGAACACUGGACGGAUCUAGAGAUUAGUCACAUCUAA